AGUGAGCGUGUGUAUGGAUGAUUCAGCGAGACUCGAUUGAGCAACAGAAAGCACUUGACACCGACCAGGUUAGCAACAAUGAACACCUUCCCGGCUUUGCAAUAGCUAGAUACCUCCAAGAGACAGUUUUAAUAAUAGUUAGGAUAGCUAGCUAGCUCGCUGGCUAUCACGCUAUUGUAGCUGCCCAGUGACGAGAAAGGGCAAUACGGACGACUGGAAAAGCUGGAUGAUUUGGUGGACCUGACGCUGGGCCGAUUACAUUUGCUUAGAACGAGACGUUGACUGCCAGUUGGAAACUAGCUAAAAUGCUAGAUCAUUACUAUAUAUGAUCUAAUCUUCUUAUUUUCAUAAUAUGUAGUCUAGCUAAGAUAGAAUAAUUAUCAGACAAACAGUACUGUAGAAGGAGAUUUUAGAAAUCUGUUAGUCUAACUAAACAGAAUUCGGGUGAUUUCAAUCGGUUGUUUGCAAAGCCUUCUACAAUAGCUGGCUUUAAAAUUAAUUAACCUUAAACGCAACCACUAUACGCUAAUUACAUUCAACCAUUCAGUUCACUUUUGAAUUCAGGAAGUUUGCGGUAACGCAGUCGGAUGCUGCCACAUCUACUUGUAUAGACCAGGCCUAUGAUGAUGUUGAGCUUUGUGGACGUUGGAAAUAGACCUUCACAGGGGUUGGACGGCAGGAUGGUGAAACUGAUCUACCACCUGUGAGCUUCUAGAUCCCACAGCCACGUGCAGGCCAGCGUGUGGAAGGAGACAAGUAGAUUGCAGCACCUCCAGAACAGCCUCACAUGACCAGACCUGGUGCUAGACGCCAGGCUAGCCUCUGUAGCAGGAGAGGGGAUAUCAGCCCUUCCCCGCCCAUCCAUGGUGGAGCAGGUAGCAGAUGGCAGAGCCGCUCAUCAACGCCCCUGUGCCCACCAUGCCCACCAUGGUCUCCAGGCUGCCCAAGUUUGGCUCCCGGCCCGCAGGUGGCGCCACCACCACCGCCACUCCUCUAACAAACGGCUUCCACCACCACCCACUGUCCGCUACUGGGGCUACCGCCACAACCGGGGGGAAGGGUUUACAGAUACCUCCCCCCCUCCGUCAGAACGGGCUGGCUCGCACGGUCCCCUCCCAGUCUGUGAAGUGGCGGAACGGUAGAGGGGGCGGGGCCAUAGAUAAAGAGGCGGGGCAAAAUGAUGGCGACUGGGCUGAACCUCAGCAGCACCACCCUCGGCAACGGCAGCCGCUGCAGCGCUCACCGAUGGCGCCACGGGGGAUCAAGAAGCCUGCCGGGAAGACGAAGGGGUGUGGCGUUUCCUCCGCGAUGACCAGCAGCGCCAGGACUAUCCCCCAGUCUGCCAGAACCGGACCUCGGAGUGCCGGUGUGGCAGCCAGACAAGCCCAGAGUGGACCCAGUCUCUGCAAAGGCAGUAAACAGAGUCUGAACGGCAGGACAAGCGGACAGCUGAGGUCAGGUUUGCUCAAACUGGGACUGAACCCCGGUUCUAGAUUCGGUUCUGGGUCCAGGUCCGGUUCCCCCAACAGCAACCUCCCUAGUAGCAGGUCCCAGUCCAGCGAAAGCCUCAAGUCCAGCCCCUCCCUGUGUGAGGAUAGCAUGGUGCGCUCUCAGAGCCUGACCCAGGUCCGCUCCGGCCUGCCCUCUCCCACCCUCCCCCAGUCCCCUGUCACCCGCUCCUACUCCUUCUCCAGAGCCACGGAGCUGCCCCCCCAGGCCCGCUCCCCCACGAUCCGGUCCCCCCUAGCCAGGCCUGCCCCGGCCCUGGGCGGGGGAGGAAGAGGAGAAGGAAGAGGUGGUGGAGGAAACGAAAGCUUCCUCUUACAUCCCAGUAAGGCUUCACCUGCCACAGGCUUGACCAGGCCUGGAACGGGGGCGGGGUCAAGCUCCCUCAUCCCUCCCACUGCUCUAAAGAAACCCCUCCUCUCCAACCCCACCUCCACAAAGCUCUCUGGCUCUGCUCUAUCCUACAGGCUCACACGCCCAUCACUCAUGAGCAAGCCCCGCCCCUUCCUGGCGACUACAAAGGUUCCUGGUAACCAGGAAGUGGUGGAGGGGCGAAGGAACUCAUUAGAAACACCCCCAGAGACCCCUGACCCCUCCAGCUCCACUGAGAGCCCAGGGAGCACCCCGGAGGAAGAGAGGUUGUCUGAGGAGCCAGAGGCCCACGGAGAGGUGCCUCUGCUGGGGGAAACCCUGGAGGACAUGUCCCUCUCCUCCACCUCCUCUCUGGAACGCAACGACAACAGCGAGGAGUACAUGGAUGACUUUGAUAACCUUGGCAACGGGGGAGAGGGCAUCCUGCUGCUCGGCUCCCAUGACGAUGGGCUAGACCAAUCCCCUCCUGGCGAGGAGGAUGACAACGCAGGUGUGAGCAGCGCGGCAGGGCUCCACAGCUUCCUGUCUGAGAGUGUGGAUUGGGAGGGCAUGGGCCUCACUGGUUGUAAAAGAGACUUCCUCAUGCCCUCACGGCGCCUCAGCCAGGUGCUGUCAGGGGGGGCCUCCCUGGACCUGUCCCCCUCCGACAGCUCCGGGGGCACCUACAUGUGGGACGAGGAGGGUCUGGAGCCCCUGGGCAGCGCCACCUCACACCCCUGUGGGAGCUACGACUCCGACCUCAACAGCCUGGUGAGUCGGUCUGAUACACGCUCAUGCUACCUGCUUUAA